UGAGGCCAGUGCACUUUGCGAGACUUGCGCUGCACAGAGCCUCCUCCGCGGAGCCAGCGACCUGUUGCCGCUGACAAGCCGGGGGAAAGGGAGCGGGAGCACGGGGAGCUCGCUCGGCAGGGACGGAGGGUACUUUGCCUUGGAGGGGUUUCGUCGCGGGGGGAAUCAUGCAGUUUGCAAUGUGGCUGCUUGGACUAACGUGUCAUCUGUCAGCACUGGUCCGCGACACUCUGCAGUACCGACUGCAUCCGAAACAAGAAAGCUUCGUCAAGCGGCUGUCAUCGUAUGAAAUCAUCACCCCGCUGCGGCUGAACGACUUCGGGGAGUCGUUCCCCCACGCGCUGCACUACCGGAGGAGACGCAGGAGUUUGGCUCCCGGCGACGACCUGUCGGCUCCGCGGGUUCUCUACCGGGUGGACGCGUUCGGGGAGCGCUUCCAUCUCAACCUGACCGCGGACUCCGGCUUCAUCGCGCCCUCGUACGCGGUCACCCACUUGGGCGCGCGACAGGGCAACGACACGGACGCCCGCGACCCGAGCGAUAUGCGCCACUGCUUUUUCAGCGGACACGUCAACGCCAAGAGCGAGUACCCCGCGGUGUUCAGCCUGUGCACUGGCCUUAUUGGAACUUUUACAACACAACAUGGUGAAUAUUUCCUGGAACCUCUUUUAAAUGCUGACGGGGAGGAAUAUGUCGAGGAGAACAACAAACCUCAUCUGGUCUAUCGACACGAGAGGAAGAGGAACAUCUCGAAUACCGGCAACAACACAGAGCCCUGUGCUGCCUCAGGGAGAGGCAGUGGCCAGUUAAGCAUCGUCUCGUUUGAGAGCAGAGGGAAUAUGGGACAGGAGCUGGACUCUCUCAGAGUGACAAUAGAAGAGCAGCACUUGAAUGAAAACCACUCCACCGGCGCACACCCCACAUCCCCACGAAGACACAAGCGUUUCCUCUCCUAUCCCCGCUACGUCGAGCUGAUGGUGACAGCAGAUGCCAAAAUGGUCCGUCAUCAUGGGCGCAACCUAGAGCACUACAUCCUAACAAUCAUGUCAGUAGUAGCAGCAGUGUACAGGGAUCCCAGCGUAGGAAACCUAAUCAACAUCAUGAUUGUCAAGCUCGUCCUCGUUCACAAUGAACAGGAAGGGCCAACAGUGAGCUUCAACGCUGCGACGACUCUCCACAACUUCUGUGUUUGGCAGCAGACCCAAAAUGUCCAGGACGACAGCCAUCCCUCUCACCAUGACACAGCACUUCUCAUCACCAGGGAAGACAUCUGCCGUGCGAAAGACAAAUGUGACACGUUAGGGCUUGCGGAGCUGGGGACCAUGUGCGACCAGUACCGGAGCUGCUCCAUCAGUGAAGAAAAUGGAAUUAGUGCCUCCUUCACCAUCGCUCAUGAGCUUGGCCAUGUGUUCAACAUGCCCCACGAUGACAACCCAAAAUGUAAAGAGGCAGGCAUGAAGCACCAGUACCACGUCAUGGCUCCCACCCUCAACUACGACACCAAUCCCUGGUCAUGGUCGAAGUGCAGUCGCAAGUACAUUACAGAGUUUUUGGACACCGGCUACGGAGAGUGCCUCCUCGAUGAGCCAGUAGGCAGAACGUACGAGCUGCCCACCCUCCUCCCUGGUCAAAUAUACAAUGCCAACAGACAGUGUGAACUGAUGUUUGGACCCGGUUCCCAAAUUUGCCCCUACAUGAAACAGUGCAAGAGGCUGUGGUGUACGAGCGCAGAGGGGGACCACAAAGGAUGCCGUACGCAGCACAUGCCACUGGCUGAUGGGACCGACUGUGGAAAUGGAAUGUAUUGCAGACACGGAAUGUGUGUAAACAAGGAGUUGGACCUGCGACCUGUUCACGGGGAGUGGGGUGCCUGGGGCCCCUACAGCGUUUGCUCCAGGUCCUGUGGCGGAGGAACCCGGAGCAACAUCAGAGACUGCAACAAGCCUGAGCCCAGAAAUGGCGGUAAGUUCUGCGUGGGUCGCAGGAUGAAGUUCCGCUCCUGCAACACCGAGCCGUGUCCACGAGGACAGAAAGACUUCCGCGAGGAGCAGUGCUCCACGUUUGACGGCAAGCACUUCAACAUCAACGGUCUACCUCCCACCGUCCGCUGGGUCCCCAAGUACAGUGGCAUACUGAUGAAGGAUCGCUGUAAGCUCUUCUGCCGGGUGGCUGGGACGAUGGCGUAUUAUCAGCUGAAGGACCGCGUCACCGACGGCACGCCGUGUGGCCCAGACACGUACGACAUCUGUGUUCAAGGCCUCUGCAGGCAAGCGGGCUGCGACCACGUCCUCAACUCCAAGGCAAGGAAUGACAAGUGUGGAGUGUGCGGCGGGGACAACUCAUCGUGUAAAACCCUGGCUGGGACCUUCAACGAUGCACAGUAUGGUUACAACACAGUGGUGCGGAUCCCGGCCGGAGCCACCAACAUUGACAUCAAGCAGGUCAGCUACUCUGGAAAGCCAGAAGACGACAACUACCUCGCAUUAGCCGAUAGCCAGUCCAACGCCCUCCUGAACGGCAACUUUGUGGUGGCCAUGUUCAAAAGGGAAAUCACCUUCAAGGGAAUUGUCAUAGAGUACAGUGGCUCGGACACAAAAGUGGAGCGCAUCAACUGCACCGAGCGCAUCGAGGAGGAGCUUAUUCUACAGGUCUUGUGUGUUGGAAACCUUUAUAACCCAGAUGUCCGUUACUCCUUCAACAUACCAAUCGAGGAGCACAGGGAGCAGUUUGUGUGGGACCCCUCGGGCUCCUGGCUUGAAUGCAACCGCAUCUGUCAGGGUGAACGGAGGAGAAAGUCAGUAUGUGUGCGUAAGAGCGAUCACCUUGAGGUAUCAGACCAACGCUGUGAGCAUUUACCUCGUCCCGUUGCUGCUGCUGAGCCCUGCAACACUGACUGUGAAGUCAGUUGGCAUCUUGCUGGAAAGAGCGAGUGUUCUGCUAAAUGUGGUCCAGGCUACCGCAGCCUGGAUGUCCAGUGCAUGAAGUACAGCCUGAUAAAGAGACAGAGUGAGAGGAUGGAGGCCAGCAUGUGUGGAGCUGCUGCAAAACCUCAGACCCGAGAGACCUGCCACGGGGACUGUCAGCUGAAGAACUGGCAGUACAGCGCCUGGUCACAGUGCUCCAAGACAUGUGGACGUGGGAGCCGGAGCAGAGAGUCUUACUGCAUGAACAACCUGGGCAGACGGCUGAUAGACCGCGAGUGCAAUGAAUACCAGAGGGUGGUAACUGAGACGUGCAGCGAGCAGCCCUGUCCGAAGUGGAGCGUCAGCGAGUGGAGCGAGUGCCUGGUGACCUGUGGGAAAGGGAUGAGACACAGGCAAGUGUCCUGCACCACAGGCGCCGGGGACGAGAAGCUGAGCGAGCACUUCUGUGACCCGUCCACCAAGCCGCAAGCUGUGGGGAGCUGCGAGCUGCCCGAGUGUGCGUCCUGGCAGGUCGGCGUCUGGGGAGCGUGUGCGGUGACCUGUGGCCAUGGCUACCAGAUGAGGGCGGUGAGGUGUGUGUCGGGGAACUACGGCAACACAGUGGAUGACAGAGAGUGCAACGCUGCGGCGAGGCCCAGAGACAGUCAGGACUGUGAGAUGCCAGGAUGUCCUUGGACCUCUUCGGCACAAAGCACACCUCGACCUGACAACACAGCUCAGCUCCUGACUCAGUGGAGAUACGGCUCCUGGACUGCGUGCUCCGUGUCUUGUGGCAAGGGGAAGCGAGAGCGCUAUGUCAGCUGCAGAGAUGCCCAGGGAGGAGUGGCCGGCGAAUCACACUGCGCCCACCUGCCACGCCCCCCCGAGACCUCCGCCUGCUUCAGCCCCUGUGGCCAAUGGCGUGCCGGGGAGUGGUCUCCAUGUUCAGUUACAUGUGGCGCGGGACAAACCACCAGACAGGUGGUCUGCUCUAACUACCACCAGCCAGUGGACCAGUCCUUCUGUGACCCGGAUGAGAAGCCCGCGACAGAACAGGAGUGUACCGCAGCGCCCUGCUCCUCUACCAGCCACCGCCAGCGCAUCAACAACCAGCCCUACGGAUAUCCACAGGACCCAGGACGCCAUCCAGGGCACAGCAGCUGGAACGUGCCCUCCACAGACAACCAGUGGAGGACUGGACCCUGGGGCGCAUGUUCCAGUACGUGUGCAGGAGGCUUCCACAGACGAGUGGUUGUCUGUCAGGACGCUGAUGGACGCAGCAACAGCUACUGUGACGAGAGAGUAAAACCUGCCGAGUCCAAGAGCUGUGACUCCGGGCCCUGCCCUCUGUGGAACUACGGUGUCUGGGGAGAGUGCACCCAGACUUGCGGUGGAGGAAGGAGGACUCGUCUGGUGGUGUGUCAAAGGCCCAAUGGUCAGCGCCUCAACAACUACAACUGUGACAUCCUGGACAAGCCGACUGACAUGGAGCAAUGCAACCUGCAGCCCUGCCCAGGCUCCGCCUCCUGGCACCGCCGACCAUGGAAGCCGUGUUCAGUGACUUGCGGUCGCGGGACCAAGACGCGAGAGAUAGCCUGCGUUCUCCAGAACCAGACCAAAACAGAGGAGGAGCACUGCGGCCAUCUGCCUCGCCCGCGAACACAGAAGGCCUGUCGGGCACGGGGAUGCCCCAGUUGGAAAGCCAAUAAGUGGAGGGAGUGCUCUGUCACCUGUGGAGUCGGAGUUCAGAGGCGAGACAUUUACUGCCGGCUCAAGGGCACCGGCCGGGUCAGGGAGGAUCUCUGCGACGCUCACGAGCGUCCUGCUGUUACCCAACCGUGCCAAACCGCAGAAUGCACCCAUUACUCUUGGGUCCCCGGUGGAUGGGAAGAAUGCAACGCAACCUGCGGAGAGGGUAUGCAGGGGAGGAAGGUGGGGUGCAUGGGCCCAGGGAUGACACCCGUCCAGGACGAUUACUGUGAGCCGCCGUCCCGGCCUGCGUUACACCAACAGUGCACGAGAGCUCCCUGCAACUACAUGUGGAUGACAGGGGAGUGGUCCCAGUGCUCUGCCAGCUGUGGUCUUGGCUACCAGCAGCGUAUUGUCUCCUGCUCCGUGGUUCCCUCGUCCCAGGCUGCUCACCCGUACACUGCUGCCCAGUCGUCCGCUGCCAGCAGCACCUACUGCCCCGAGCCUCAUCCUCCUGGAAGCCGGCCGUGCCUCCUCAGAGACUGCCCGCACACGACCUACUGGAAAGUUGGCCCGUGGAGCAAGUGCUCGCAGACUUGUGGUGCAGGAGUGAUGGAGCGCAGGGUGGAGUGUGUGAACUCUAAGGGCCAACCUUCCAAACACUGCCGUCCAUCAGAGAGACCUGAGUCUCAAGCUGCAUGUCAAGACAGAGAGUGCCAGAUGUUGGCGUCCUGUCUGGAGGUCCAGAUGAGACAGGGUCUGAGGAUAGAUGGCGAGUACUAUCUCAAAGUCAGGUCCCGGAUCCUACAGAUUUACUGUGCUGAGAUGCAGACUGAGUUCCCCAAAGAGUACGUGACCUUGCGGAGCGGUCAGACGGACAACUUCUCCGAGGUUUACGGUCACAGGCUGCUGAACCCUUUCGAAUGCCCGUACAACGGCAGCCGGAGACAGGACUGCGACUGCAGGAACGACUACUCAGCAGCGGGAUACACGCUUUUCCACAAAGUCCGUCUGGACCUGAGCUCCCUGAGGAUAAUGAUCACGGACCUCCAGUUUUCUCAGACUCUUCUCGGCCGACCUGUGCCCUUUGCUACAGCAGGAGAUUGUUACAGUGCAGCCAAGUGUCCACAGGGUCAGUUCAGCAUCAAUCUGAUCGGCACCGGCCUGAAAGUGUCUGAGGCCACCAAGUGGACAUCUCAGGGCAACUACGUGUCCGUCAAAGUCCAUAGAUCUGAGGACGGGACAAGAAUCUACGGCCGCUGUGGUGGAUUCUGUGGGAAGUGCAUUCCCCAGGCUCACAAUGGCCUACUCCUUGAAGUCUAAUGAGGGCCAUGCAGAGACCAAACCCCUAAAUCUUUCCCUAAAGACAGUGGCCCAGGAACAUGGAAUAGACAUGAACGAGUCUGGUGGAGGUGCAUGCAACACUAAUCAUCCUGUAGAAACAUCGCCAGUUCCCAUAUGGCAGCUAAACCAUACAACACACUACUUGCCGUGCCGUGCUCCAGAGGGCCACUGCCGGGUCCUUCAUCCAAACUGCUAACUCUGAGGAGGAGCCAGCAGCGGCGAUCCAACACAUCUGUGCUUUGAAACCUCAAGUGUUUUCUUUUUCUGACACCGUUGUGAAUUUUUUUAGCAUCAUACAAAGGGAUAUAGAGCUUCAAAACAUUGGGAAAGGAUUUACAGACGUCUCCUCUCUCUUCAAGGAACAAAUUCAAAUCUUGACAAAAAAACAACAACAUCUGUCUCUGGUACUCGAGUGAAGUGUAUUGUGAAAAAAGAAAACAACAACAAAAGAACAUUUAUGCUUAAAAUUCCAGGAUUUCAUUAUGAAAUACCUAGAACAAAUAUGUACCUUUCGAAUCUUACAAAUGCAAUCAACGAUACAGCAUAAAAUAUCACAUCGUAUGUGUUUCAUAACAACUGAAGUCCUGCAGUGAUGAAGAAGUGCUACAUUGAGGAUAGGAUGGGAGGGCUGGCUUUGAUGGCUUUGCUUUACAAAACUUACAAUCGUACAAAAUCUUUUUUUCCCGACUAUACUAAAUGCUAAAAGCUUAGCCAACUCACGUCUUGGCCUUAAAGGCAUAUUUCAACAAUUUUGGUAUUUAUUUAGAUAUCAAGUUCAACAACCCUCUCAUGUCUCUUCUGUAAAUAUGAAAUAAGUUGCCAGUUAGCUUAGCUCAGCACACAAAGCACCUUAGCAACUGACCACCGUAUUCAGUGUAUUUACAAAACUGUAAACUCUUCCUUUAGGGUGCAGGACUUCUACAUACAGUUCUGUAGCAAGUAACUAGUGAAAUUAUUCAUAAUCUGCUUCGUGUCAGGGGUCAAACUGUAGCAGAUCACCAAGAGCCUUUAGGAAAAAAUCACAUUUAAGACUAGGAUUUACUUUUAGUGUAUUUGUAGCCUGUCAUUUGCAGAGUUGGGAGUAGUGUUUCUGUAACACCACUACUUUGGACAGAAACAAGUUGUGUAACUAAUUCCUAACAUGAGAUGAAAGGCUGCAGACUGGGUCAGUUACAGACCUCACCUGAUUAACUGUGUCGCAAAUAAGUAUAUUUUUUUAUUUUGUCCUAGAGGACAAGGAUACAAUUAUACUAGUGAGUUAUGAGGCCUGUUCGGACUCGGUAUUAAAAUCCGUCCUGACUGAUCAGAUCACAAGUAGUUAGCGCUAAGUACAGGUUUUAACAAACCGAAAUGUGUCCUGAGAUCUGUUCACUCAAACCACAUAGGGAGGUGGUCUGAGACCCAUUAUGCCACAGUCUUUUCACUGUGUGAACACAAAUGUGUCGUGGGCAACAUAGGAGGCACCAUCUUCUCUGCUGGUAUCCUCUGACCUGCUACAGUUUCCCAAUGGAUCAAAUGUGUUAGUUUACACUUCUCUGUGACCACACGUUGGUUUGUUAAUGACCUCUUCGUGAACAAAAAUUACGUAUACACGUGAUUAUUUGCAUUUAGAGCAGGGAACGGAGAUCUGAUAACAAGGGGUCACAGGAGACACAUUCAGAACGCAUUUCAAUGUCGGGUGUUAUCACGUGAACUGAACCCUGCUCACUAGUGUCCUGAUCUUUUGGGGCGGAUAUCCUAUGUGCUGGUGUGAGGCCCUUGUCCAUCAAUCUCCUGAAGCACCUGGUCAAUAUCUGAGAAACAGUUCAUUUCCAACUUGUACAACAGUAUUACGAUGAAGUCCACAGUGAUAGAUCCAAUUUGACACUUGUAUUGUUCCACAUUGGAGCAGUACCCUUUCCUCCAGUGAAGUAGACAUUAUUAAAGUAAGUGAACGUUACUUUCCCUAGUUGCUAAUUACUUUUUGAAUGCAGUUAUUGGAAAGGUAACUCAGUUACUUUGGAGAGAAGUAACUUUAACCAAUUCCUCAUUUUCAGUUACUUGCCUUACACUGGUCAUUUCAGAGAAUCACUGACAAUUGUUCACUGACCGAUCAACACCAGUGCGUUUUUUUAGAUUUUGUAAGUUUUAUUAGUGUUACUCUUCGAUGGCAUUACUCAUACAAGUUCUCAUCUGUUACGCCGCGACACAGUCUCAAGUGUGAUGGCUCACGACACACUCUCCACUGGGCCUGUGGGUCCCUGCAACCCCUACCUCUCACACACAUCCAUUGUCUAGGAGAUAUGUGUUGUAAUAUAUUUAUGUCUGACCAUAUUUAUUCUGUAUUGACUGUAUCCUAGAUGCGUUCUGUGUUAAUGUACAACGACUACUACCAACAGAGAAGCCAUUGUCUGCUUCGCUAAGAGAGAGUUAGCCUGCAGUUUGUAGUGUAUAACCACUAACCUUAAAUGAGGAUCUUUUGAAUGGUGCUUUUGAACUACUGGAAUUACCUCUGAGACAACUUGAGAAGGAAAACACUGGCUUUGGGGAAUCAGAUGUGCUGUGGCAGAGCUUCAGUUCAUUCUGUAUGUCGCAUCAGCUUAUAAAUGUACGCCAUGCCCCUCUUGUUAAUGGAGCUGGAGAAAACACUAGCAUGUCAGACACAUCAUAAACGACUUUCACCGUGACCACCACCACAAACAACCUAACACCCUGCUACUCCGAUGUUCAGCUUUAACCAAAGUUAGGAGAUAGAUGCAGAUUCAUUUUUCUUCUUCUCAGACAAUGCAGCUUAUUUUGAUUUAAAGAAUGGCUGAUAAAUGAUAAAUACGUCAGUGAGCAGCUAGAAAACCUUUGGCUAUCAUUCAUUUCUUUGAUGGUCAAUUGUUCUAUGAGGUCUGUAUCAGAAAUUUAAAGAAUACUUGACGCACUAUGUGCCAUGAAUUUUGUAGAAAUGUAAUCCUGUUUGUUUUUUGUAAUAACCAUUAAGAUUUGUAACUUAUGAUAUAUGUGUAUUUUUAAUAUUCAUACUUGAAUUGUAAACAGUGUGCUAAGUAUUGAAUGGUCAUUGUACUGAAUAGAGAGAUAGUGUGCUUGUUUGCCAUGCUUUAUCCAAAGAUGUUUUUAAGAAUCAUAUGUACCUACAGUAUGUAUGUAGCCUGUAUAAAAGAAAUGAAUGAUUGAUUCUGGUGCUAUGGUUACUAAUCGUACCAAUACUGUAUACCAUGCUACUACGUGUACUAACACUGUCCAGACAUAAGUAUUAAUAAAACAUGCUUU